AGGGCAGCCGCUCGGUACAAUGGGACCGAACCCAAGCCGGUAAGAGGUUCAGAGAGAAACACACGCAUACCAGCUCCGAGGGAGGCCAACGUUUGGGGAGGUUAACGGCAACAUGGAGAAAACGGUCAAGAUCUGAACUUUGCAGGAUCCGCUGUGAGGAUUAUCGUACGGCCCCACAAUCUGACGGGUAUAACGAGGAACGAGAUCACAGUUUGCAUCAGUGUGGCAAAGGGAUAGCCAUUGGUAGGCUAUGGAGCGCGUUGACAGUCGUUUGGGCACCUGGCAGGUGCUACUGACCAUCUCAAUGGUCAUUAUACCCCUGUCUGCUCACGGGAGGCAUUCACUGGCCAGGCACCAUCAUCACCACAAUCAAUCAUCUGUCAACAAGGAGGCCUUGAACACCAGGAUGGUGCUCAGUGAUGACUCCGCAGAGAGGGACCACCUGAUCGGAGCAGGGCUCAUGCUCGGGGCUAAACUCCCACUCAGCUCCACCAAACGCCACCAUUCUCAUAAACACGCCCAUCUAGACGUCGUAGAGGAGGACCAAACGGUGGGGGAGGAGCUCACCGCCGGUGGGGGGGGUCCAGACCAGCCCGGAAACCCCAUGUCAGAUGAUGUCAUCACCGUGGAUUUCGACAGCCCUGCGCCGGAUAUUGUGUCCUCUGAUGUUGCUCUGGAUUGGGCCAAAGCCCCAAAAGCCCAGAAGCAAAAAGGCGGAGACCCUACUGCAUGGACGCUUUCUGACUUUUAUGACUAUCUGUCACCUGAUGACGACCUCUCGACGUUAGAUACGACCCCAGAACCUGAGCCCACCCCUUCACCCCCGCCGGAAAUGGAGGAUGAGAAUCCGCUCCUGGCUGGUUCUUCUGCUGUUCCUGAUGUGAGGCCUAACACGGAUAGCGGGCCAUCCCUCCCAGCUACUGCCAUGCCAGGGCUGGACAAGGGUGAGGGGUUAGGCUUAGGUGGCGCCAUGGGGACUGACGGCUGCAGGCUGGGCUUUGUGCGCUCUGGACCUGGCGUGUGUGUGUCUCAGUGUGACAUUGAACCCAAUUUCUGCUUCAACGGAGGAGUGUGCACUGUGGUGGCAGGAAUGGGAGCCUUCUGCAGGUGCAAUGUGCAGGACUACAUCUGGAACAAAGGCACGCGCUGCGAUUGGGCGGUCACAGACUUCCAGGUUAUGUGUGCGGUGGUGGGCGUGGCUUCCCUGGUGCUCAUCUUCCUCUUCAUGAUCAUCGUAUUCUUUGCCAAGAGGCUGCACCGCCUCAAGAAUGAGAACAGGCGCCUUCGCAAACGCAGUAAGUACUGCCCACAGAGCAGCGAGCCACAGACAGACGGCCUCUCCAUUUCCACAACAGCCGACGGCUCGCAGCCAAACGAUGAUCCUCAGAAGCAGGAGGACCCAGCAAGGUCCCCACAAGCCAAGGAAGAGGGAUCAAUGAACAUCCUCAACUCUCAUUCCCCCAAACACGAGAACAACCGUCCAGCCUCUGUUGUCCACGACCAGGGCCACGCCCCAAACAACACAGAGGAAAACGCUGAGGAUGGAGUCACUAUUGGCCUGGAAGUGCUCCUCCCAAAAGAUGCCAAGCUCCACUCAGAGGCCAACUCGCCCCGUCAGUACGACGUCUUCCUCUACAAGGUUGCCAACAACGGAGACUCCGCCUCUCCCAGCCAAGCCCCUCCCACUCACAGCGCUAACUCUUACUCCUCCUCUCACCCCAUGCCUAAAUCGCCCAAAUCAUCCAAGGUGCCUAAAUCACCCAAACACACCAAGGAAGACCCACCUAGUAGCCGUGAACCCUUGUCUGGCAGGCACUCCUCACCUGACCGUCACUCCUCACCCGGUCGCCACCCAUCACCCGGUCGCGACUCUGGGCCUGGUUGCUAUUCUUCACCCACCGGUCAUCCAUCAUCCCAUCACUCUCCCUCCCGGUACAAAUGCAUGCCCACCUCUUCCUCCAUCCCGCCCGAGUUACGCAGGCCCAGAGGUCGGUCGCAAGCUCCCGGCACAGAGUGCUCAGGGACUGGGAGAAAGUACCAGAGUGGACACAUUCGUCCAUCCCCCUCCUCCCCUCACCUCACUCAGCCUCCUCCAUCACCAUCCAGGGUGAAGUACAGCCCGGUCAGCACCCGAUCCCUGCCACCACUCUCCUGA